GAGGAACGGGGUUUGUUUGGGGAGAACCCGCCGCUGGACCAGCCGGGAAACGCCGCACGUGGCCUCUCGGAGGCCCUGCCUUGACUCCCCAGCACUUGUGUGAUGUGCAGGAAAAAUGUGGAAGACUUCACUGGACCUAGAGAAAGAAGCGACCUGGGGUUCAUUAACUUCGACAUAACGGCAGAUCUAGAGAAUAUAUUUGAUUGGAAUGUUAAGCAGUUGUUUCUUUAUUUAUCAGCAGAGUAUUCAACAAAAAAUAACGCUCUGAACCAGGUUGUCCUUUGGGACAAGAUUGUUCUGAGAGGUGAUAAUCCGAAGCUGCUGUUGAAAGAUAUGAAAACAAAAUAUUUUUUCUUUGACGAUGGAAAUGGUCUCAAGGGCAACAGGAAUGUCACUCUGACCCUGUCCUGGAACGUCGUACCAAACGCUGGAAUCCUACCUCUCGUGACAGGCUCAGGACACGUGUCUGUUCCAUUUCCAGAUACAUAUGAAAUCAUGAAGAGUUAUUAAAUUAUUCUGAAUCUGAACAGCAUAUUUUUAUACUUACUGGAUCCUCUCUCAUUUAUGUCCUCCCCUGCAUCUUCAUCUGUUUUUGUUUGUUAACUUAAUUUUUUUUUUGUAUAAGAACUAACAUCAAAAGGUGUAUUUGAAGGGAAAGGUUAAAGUGCUACUUAAACUUAACUUUA